AUGAACUUGCCAGCCCAAACACAAAGAAGUCUAGACCUGGUUGUGAGCCGUUUGAAGGAAGCACAAUGCUUUGGACUGAGGAAAGGGAGGGGAGUGGGUGACAGUGGAAUGCGUCCUUCAUUUUCGCUGCCGGCUUUAUGGGCAAAAGUGCAAGAGAUGAGAAAGAGGAAAUCCGAAGGAGGUAUUGGCACCGCACUUACGAGAGAAGCUAUUUCUCGCAAAUCAACAGUGAAUGGGAGAAGGAAGGAGGGUGGAGAGACGGUUAAUAGAGUUGGUGGAGAAUGCCAUUCUUCUCUUUCCGCUCAGGUGAUCGCAAGCUCAGACACAGCUUACGAGUUUGGCGCAGACGCUCGAUGCAACACUCGCAAUUUGGGCUCAUUUCGACUGUUCGAUGAGCACUACAGCCAGGAGUACUAUAUAGGCUGUGGCGUCACCUGUGAAGCGUACAAAGGCACUGUCAAGUCGGUGGAAGGAGGUGAAAAGGCAGGCUGUGGAGUAGGAGAAGUGGAUAUAAACGACAGGAAGGAUAAGUACGUCACUCUCAAGUGGCUUUAUGCAAAAUUCUCCAACCGCCUGUCAUCUCGUGGCAUACGCUUGAGAGAAACGGAGAUUCUCUCAAAAAUCAGUCAUCCCAAUAUAAUUAAAUACAUUGAAACUGUGGUUUCUCAAGAGGGGCGGAUUUGUUUAGUCCUCGAAUACGUGGAGCACUCAUUCGAAGACAUUAUCGCUUUCUCCAGAGAUUCGCCCCACACCUUCAGUGACUCCCGUGUGCGCUUCUUCAUGAGGCAACUUCUCUCUGGCAUUGCCUAUCUCCAUGCUCGACGAAUCAUACAUCGUAACGUGAAGCCAAGUAAUUUGCUAGUCACCGACACCGGCAUUCUAAAGAUUUGCGACUUCUGUCACGCAAUUGAAUGCACUUCCACGCAGAUGCAAAACACAAAUGAUUUUGGCUCUCUGUGGUACUUAAGCAUCGAGCAACUACUCGGUUGCGAGGAGUACACAUCUGCAAUCGACGUGUGGUCAGCUGGGUGUGUACUUGUGGAGAUGAUAAUGCAAAGACGUCUUUUUCAAUUUGCCACUGAGUGCGAGAUGAUAAGGGGCAUUUUGAGGAUUUGUGGAAAACCGACAGAGAGUGUGUGGCCGGGCGUGAGUGGAUUGCGCGGAAUGCAAUUGGAGGAAUUACCCGACACACACACUAGCCAUUUGAGAAGUAGCCUUGGUCGUGCGGUCUCUGAUGUCACCUANAACGUGAAGCCAAGUAAUUUGCUAGUCACCGACACCGGCAUUCUAAAGAUUUGCGACUUCUGUCACGCAAUUGAAUGCACUUCCACGCAGUUACAAAACACAAAUGAUUUUGGCUCUCUGUGGUACUUAAGCAUCGAGCAACUACUCGGUUGCGAGGAGUACACAUCUGCAAUCGACGUGUGGUCAGCUGGGUGUGUACUUGUGGAGAUGAUAAUGCAAAGACGUCUUUUUCAAUUUGCCACUGAGUGCGAGAUGAUAAGGGGCAUUUUGAGGAUCUGCGGAAAACCGACAGAGAGUGUGUGGCCGGGCGUGAGUGGAUUGCGCGGAAUGCAAUUGGAGGAAUUACCCGACACGCACACUAGCCAUUUGAGAAGUAGCCUUGGUCGUGCGGUCUCUGAUGUCACCUAUCAUCUACUAGAAAGGUUAUUGACUCUCUGCCCAACUGCAAGGAUAACUGCGGAGAAUGCAUUACAACUCGACUACUUCACUGUCAACUCCGAUGAAGAUGACUGCAGUCCCGACCAAAUGAAGAGAUGGCUUUUCACUGUGGUAUAUGGCGUGGACUUCAUGGAUGACGACUUACUCUUCUAA